CUUUAAAAAAUUUUUUUAGUUUAGGUCUUAUUUUAUAGUGUAUAACAAAAAUAUUUCCAUGGUUUGUUUGAUUAGUUACGACAUAAUGAACUAAACUUAACAGGGAGAUGGCAGCAAAAAUAAUGCGUUAUAUAGGUUUUGUUACAGUUUUAUGGUUAUGUGUUUUACUUUAUAUGGGGUUUAAUGUCUAUCAACUUGUGGAAGAAUCACGUAAAUCCACUCAUGAGUUAAGUAUGGUAGUUGAAAAAGUAGCUCAUUUAAAGCGUGAAAAUGAAAAGUUGCGUUCAGAAAACAUUCCGACAACUCUUAAAAAAUUUAAAAAUAAAAUUGCUAAUUCAAAGUUAUCGCAGAAUGAAGAAAAUAAUAAAACUUUAUUGAAUGAGUUAGCAAAUGCAUAUAUUCAAGUUAAAGAAUUAAAAAAACAGUUGCAGUUAAAGGAAUCUGUUCCUUUGCAUAGCUUAAACUAUGAGGUUUUGAGUCGGAGAAUAUUUAAUCAAAUACGUGAAAUGUGGUUUUUAAUAUCAAGUCAAGUGAAACGAAUGAAAAAUAUUGUUCCAAAACCAGGUUAUGAAGAUGUCUUAAAUUUCCUAGAUACUUAUCGUGAAUUAAAUCAGAUUACAGAAAGAGAUUUUGAAGAGCUUGUAUCUAUGGAUUCUGUUUCAGAAUAUAAAGAUUCACUGGCAUUAGAGUUAUCUAAUAUUGUUCAAAAACGUAUCUUUACUUUACAAAAUCCAAAAAAUUGUGACACAGCAAAAAAGCUAGUUUGUUCUCUGAAUAAAGGCUGUGGCUAUGGAUGUCAAAUGCACCAUGUUCUCUAUUGUUUUAUUGUUGCCUAUUCAACUGGUCGCACUAUGAUAAUAGAUUCAUCAGGAUGGCGAUAUUCUUCAAAAGGCUGGGAUGCUUACUUUGAAAGUGUGACCUCUUGUAAAGAUUUUCAAGAGGCAAAAGAAUGGGGUUAUGAUCAUGCUAGCCAUCAAGUUGUUCAUUUACCAAUUGUUGAUGCACUGUUUCCUCGUCCAUCUCAAAUGCCUCAAGCUGUCCCUAAAGAUUUGUUUGAUCAAAUUAGGAUGUUUCAUGGACAUCCUUUUGUAUGGUGGAUUGGGCAGUUUUGCAAAUUUUUGUUCAAAUACAAGCCUGAUUUACAAAGAGAGAUAACAGAAAAGAAAAAAGCUUUGGGCUUUAAGAGUCCGAUUGUGGGAGUGCAAAUUCGUCGAACUGACAAAAUAAAUUUAGAAGCUGCUUAUCAUGAUAUUGAUGAAUACAUGUACUGGGUAGAUUUAUAUUAUAAAAAGUUAGCGAUUAGUAAGCCAUUUGACAAAAAAAGAGUUUUUAUUGCCUCUGACGACACCUCAGUACUAAUUGAAGCCAAGAAGAAGUACCCAGAGUAUGAGUUUUUAAGUGACAGUGGUGUGUCAGAAAGUGCCAAAGUAAGUCGCCGUUAUUCUGAUGAAUCUUUGCAUGGUGUAAUCUCAGAUAUUGAAAUUUUGUCUGACACAGAUCUUCUUGUAUGUACAUUUUCAUCACAGGUUUGUCGGAUGGCAUAUGAGAUAAUGAACAGCAAGCACACUGACGCCAGUCAGCGUUUCAGAUCAUUAGAUGAUAUUUAUUACUUUGGUGGCCAGCAAGAACAUAAGACAAGAGUCAUUUGGCCACAUACAGCUAAAGGUAGAAGUGAGUUGGAUCUUAGAGUUGGAGAUGUUAUUGGAAUAGCAGGUAACCAUUGGAAUGGACAAGCUAAAGGUCUUCUCCACAAUUUGCAAAAGACUGGUUUAUUUCCUGCUUAUAAAAUCGAAGAUAUUCAUGAUGUUGAGGAAUUUCCUAUCCCGAAGGAGUGAUUAUUUUAUUUAACAAAAUAGAUUUUUAUAAUUUAGAGACUUUUUGUAUGUUACAUACAAUAAUCACUAAUCGAUUGUAUUCGGAAGGAUUAUUUUAUGUAGCAAAUUAAGUUUUAUUAUUUAUUAUAAAUGAAAAUAUGUUAAAAUUAACCAUAACACGAAUUUGACGAUAUGAAUUUUAAAAUAAAAUAUAUGAAUUUUUUAAUUAA